UGCUUGCACGAGGACAACGUCCCUGCUCCAUCAGAGACGCUGUUCUUUGGGAAAGCCGGCUUUGCUUUUUUUCUCCCACGAGCUGAAAUCACUUGCGUUUGUAUUUCCUUCCUUCCUCAGUCGUCCCCAUCCCAGUCAGUCCCGUUAGCCUUUCAGGAGUCAGUCCAGGUCGUCAGUUCCAGCGUCAUGUCCAGUCCAGUUCAGGUCAGUUCCAGUGUUUUAGUCAGUCAUCAGUCCGCAGUUUCCAGUCCAGUUCCCCAAGUCAGUCCCCAGUCCCAGUCAGUCAGUCCCAUCCCAGUCAGCCAGUCCCAGUCCAGCCCAGUCAGUCAGUUCCAGUCCCCCAUUGUUCCAUCCCAGUUUAGCCAGUCAGUCCAGUUCCAGUUAGUCAAGUCACAGUCAGUCCAGUUUCAGUCCGCCGUCCCCCAAGUCAGUCAGUCCAGUUCCGUCAGUUCAGUCCCAGUCCAGUCCCAGGUCCAGGAACAGUCCCGUUCAGUCCAGUCAGUCAGUCCAGUUCCCAGUCAAGUCCCAAGCCACCCAGUCAGUCAAGGUCAGCCCAGUCAGUCCCCAGUUCAGUCCAGUCCCAGUUCAGUCAAGUCAGUCAGUCCCCAUAUCAAUCCAGUCCAGUCAGUUCAGUCAGUCCCAGUCCAAGUUCAGUUCCAGUCAGUUCGUCCAGCAGUUUCAGUCAGUUUAAUCAUCCAGUCCAGUUCCCGUCAAGCCCACUCAGUCCCAGUCCAGUCAGUCAGUCGGGGUCACUCCUCUUGGUCCA